AUGUUUGAUGAAAUUCGAUAUGAAAUCAACGGUGUGGAAAUUGAUCGCAACAGAAACGUUGGAAUCACUAGUACUCUAAAGAACUAUGUAUCUCUUACGUUUGACAAAGGAAUGAUAAUGCAGAAUGCCGGAUGGGACAUGUCGUCCACUCUGUGGGAAAAUUAUUUCAAUUUUUGCGUGCCGCUAAAUUUACUGCUGGGCUUUUGCGAGGAUUACAAACGCAUGGUUGUUAACGCGCGCCAUGAAUUAAUUUUGAUACGAGCGCGCAAUGAUAACAAUUCUAUUGUGGGAACGAAUAGAACGACGGAACCCGAAAUUGAAUUGUUCAAAGUACAGUGGCGAAUGCCACAUGUUACGUUAAAUGAAGUCAAUAAAUUGUCCAUACUACGAGCUUUGGAAAGCGGGCGAUAUCUAAGUAUGAGUUUUCGUUCCUGGGAUCUGUAUGAGUACCCCUUGUUGCAGAGCACAACCAAACAUUCGUGGGCUGUUAAAACUGCAACACAAUUAGAAAAGCCUCGAUUCGUUAUCUUUGCACUACAGACCGGUCGCAAGAAUAUCAUGUCUCAAGAUGCUACUAUUUUUGACGAUUGUAAUUUGAUCAAUGUGAAACUUUAUCUCAACUCUGAAUUUUAUCCGUACGAUGACUUGAAUCUAGACUUUCGUAAAUCUAGAUACUCCAUUCUGUUUGACAUGUACCAACGUUGUUGUAAAUCUUAUUAUGGACGUGAUUGCUACGAUACGCUGCUUAACGUGGACACAUUUCUGCAAACAGGACCUUUUACAGUGAUUGAUUGCUCGCGGCAAAACGAGUUCAUCAAAAGUGUUACUGUGGACGUGCACAUUGAAUUUGAUUGCAAAGAAUAUGUGCCAGCGAGCACUACCGCCUAUUGCCUUAUCUUACAUGAUCGUGUAAUUGAAUACUGUCCAUUGUCUAACGUUGUGUGCAAAAUCAUGUAA